AUGUCCCGUAUAUUCCCUGGUAGCCGCCGCAAAGGCAGGGGAUCGCCGCCCCCGAGCUUGCUACCCCUGAGCGAGACCAAGUUCCGCCCCCGCGCCACCCGCCCGUCGAGUCUUCGAUUGCGAGCCCGACGACUCUUACGAUCCCGCGCCAUCCGCGUGCUCCUCCUCCUCUUCUCCCUCUGGAACUUUGCCGAAAUCUACCUCGUGCGUCGCCACCUGGCCGCCUCGACUCUCGCCCACCGCCACGCGGCCCAGACGAGGCGCCGCGGGGAGCGUGUCUACGUCGCGAGCCUACACUGGAACGACGGCUGGCUCGUUCGCAAAUACUGGAAUGACGCCGUCGUGGGCUUUGCCGAGGCCUGGGGCCCGGAAAACGUCUUUGUGAGCGUGUACGAGAGCGGCAGCUGGGACGACACCAAGGAAGGCCUUGAGGACCUCGACCGCCGGCUCGGAGAGCUCGGCGUCUCCAGGAACAUCACCCUCUCCAACAAGGAGCUGCGGCGCAUCCCCUUCCUCGCCGAGCUGAGGAACCGAACCCUCCGGGACCUGAUCAAGCUGCGGGACCAGGGUAUAUACUUUGACAAGAUCUUGUUCCUCAACGACGUCGUCUUCCGCACCGAAGACGUCCUGACUCUCCUCGACACCAACGAAGGAAAGUACGCCGCCGCUUGCUCUCUCGAUGUUUCCGACCCGCCCCUCUACUAUGAUACCUUUGCCCUGCGCGACUCGGAGGGCGAUACCCACCUGAUGCAGACGUGGCCCUACUUCCGCUCCGAGCUCUCGCAGCAGGCCAUGGUCGGGAACUGGCCCGCGGUUCCCGUGAAGAGCUGCUGGAAUGGAAUAGUGGCCAUGCCAGCCAAACCCUUCGUGGCCGAGACCCCGCUGACCUUCCGCGCCCUCCCCGACUCCCUCGCCGCGCUCCACCUCGAGGCCAGCGAGUGCUGCCUCAUCCACGCCGAUAACCCUCUGUCGCAACAACUUGGCGUGUACCUCAACCCGCGCGUGCGCGUCGGCUACAACCCGCGUGCGUACGAGGCCGUCAACCCUCGCUCUGGGCCCUGGGUAUCCCCUUGGCAGAUAUUCAAGGGUCUAUGGGGCAGCCGGAUCUUGAAGUGGGUGUACCGCACCGAAACAAGGGACUGGAUCGUGAACAGGCGUCUCGAGAAGUGGCUGGCCGAAAGCCCGGGGCGGAGCGAACCCGGCGAUUUUUGCAUCAUCAACGAGAUGCAGGUGCUUGUCGAGAACGGUUGGGCCCACGUGUGA